CUCCCCCUCUCCCUCCCUCCGUCGACCUUGCACCACCGACAGACAUCACGACUUCGACAAUACCACCGCUACCGCACAUCUUCGCCAGCGACAAGAGAGCAAUGGCCGACGCAGCCAAGCGCAAUGCAGGAAGAGCGGCGACUCCCAAGGCCACCGACGACGUCUUGGAAACGGCAGUGAAGGCAAUUGGUGGGCAAGUGCGUCUCACCAACGCUCUCGGCGCGGAGAUCAAAGGAACUCUCUACAACGCAGAUCCGGUCUCCAAAGUCGUCAUUAUCAACUCGCGAAGCCCUCCGCCCAACCCCUCAACGAACCCCUCCUCUGUCCCCGGCGACUACCACAUCGUCCCCAUAUCCGCCAUCCAGUCCUUCUCUGUCCAAGCAGGUGGCAACAGCGACUAUAUGAAACAGACGGCGCCUACGCGGAUCGACAGAAACUUCUUAGAGAAGCGGCUGGAAACGCGUAUCGAGCAGGUGAAGGCCGAGAGGCAGCAUAUUGGGCAAGGAGUCAGUGAGGAUGGUCAGAGAUUGUACGAUGCGCUGCGGAAACUAAACACACCUGUCCGAUGGCACGGCAACGCCGCAAAGGGCACGCAUAUGAUCAUCAGCGAAGCCGUCAUUCUGGACGCGCCGUUUGAAUCGGCUAAUUGUCGAGCUGCCGCGGACAAGCAGGAUAUUCUGCAGAGGACGAAGAGGAUGGUGGACGAUCAGCGGAAGAAGCUAGGGUUGAGUGGAGGUGUCAGGAAAGGUGGUUGAAGUAUGAUGGGACCACGAUGACGGGGAGAACUUCAGAGGACCUCCCGCGAGACGAGAAAUUGUAGACCGAUGAAGCACACACAAGCCCCAUAGCUCGGCAGUCGUCGCGACCAAAAGCGAGCUCGCUGCACGACUAUCGAAGUCGUCUGCUGAUUGCAGCGCGAGCUCUGCACGACGCUGUCGCGUACACCGUCAACGCCGACCACGCUGUUGCAUACGGUGUGGCACUUCCAUCCAGGAGCGCAGCUCAAUUGGCAUUCUUCGAAUAAUGCUGCACGUGAGUGGCUUCACAGUGGCCCUCCGCGAUCAUCUCGAAUAUCGACUUCUU